AGAGAGAGAGAGAGAGAGAGAGAGAGAGAGAGAGAGAGAGAGAGAGAGAGAGGGGAGGUGUUGAUCGAGUGAGUUAUCUGUGUGUUUGUACUGAGAGAGAGAGAGAGAGAGAGAGAGAGAGAAUGGAGAGAGCGCUGACGAAAGUAGGGAGCUUGAAAAGUAGUACAUUCUGGGUUUCCAAAAAAGCCAAAGAAGAGAUCUCCAACAUCUCUCACGACCUCUCCAAUUUGUCGAGCACUGUUGAAGAAAAGGCAAAAUGGAUUUUCAACAAGUUAAAAGGUAAACCUACAAAAUCAUUGCCUGAUCUCCUGCGAGAAUACAACCUGCCUCCUGGUCUUUUUCCCCAAAACAUAACAUGCUAUGAAUUUGAUGAGUCAAAUGCAAAGCUCAUUGUCUACUUGCCAUCUGCCUGUGAGGUCUGCUUUAAGGAUUCAUCUGUUACGCGGUAUGCUACUCGUGUCAAAGGAACUCUAUCAAGGGGAAAGCUCACUGGAAUAGAUGGAAUGAAGACCAAGGUCUUGGUAUGGGUCAAAGUCACGAGUAUCAACGUCGAGAGCUACAAGUCUGAUAAGGUGUGGUUCACUGCCGGAGUGAAGAAAUCAAGGUCCAAAGAUGCAUAUGAAAUGCCUCGUGAUGCUGUUAAAGUUGAGGAAUUUUGAGGUUUUGAUAAAGAGCAAAAAGUAAAAAAUAAAUAAAUCAAAGAGGAUUUUUUUUUUUUUUUUUUUUUUUUUUUUUGUGAAGUUGAUGAUGGUCACUGAAAACUGCAGUUCUUAUGAUUUAAGUCAUUAGCAUAUCCAUUUAAUAGAGAAAGCAAUGUGCAUGUUCUAAUAAACAUUUUUAGCCUUCGUAUUAACUGACUGAGGACAUGACCAUGGAUAGGAAGAUGUGUAGAUUGAGAAUAAAGGUAAAGGAUUAGGUAGCUGAGUGUAGUUCUUGUUUGUAGCGGUAGCUUUGAUACAUCAUUUAGUGUCAUUCAUGUUUUUUCAUAUCCCUAGACUUCUGUUAUUACUUGGUGUUGCCUU